AUGGCGAUAUUGAAGACGCCAGAGCAAGCGGCCGACGAUGAAGAUGACUACCUCACCAUGACCUUCGAAGACACAAGCUCCUCGAAGAGGGAGACACUGACAGAGAAGAAAAAGCGGCAAGCUCGUGAAGCCGAGAUCAAGGGUAGGCCGAAGUCGAAAGCCGAGCUUGCGGCCGAAGAAAAGGCCCGACGCGAGGAGGCAUUGAACACAAGCCAACUCGAUCCAAAGAGCAAAGGUUUCAAAAUGAUGGCAGCGCUUGGGUACAAGCCAGGUACUGCUUUGGGCGUGGCGCGGGAAUCAAAUGGCGAUGGCCAGCCAGACGACCGUCUGCUGGAGCCAAUUGGCGUUGAGGUGAAGUCGGAUCGAGGUGGCAUUGGUGCCGACGCAGAGAAGAAGCGUAAAUUUCGGGAAGAGGCUGCUGCGCUGAAUGAAGACUUGAAGAAACGCAAGGUGGAUGAGGGCGAUUUUCGAGAACGUCAACAGCAAGAGCGCGAGGAGAAACGUAUGACUGGGCAGAUAUUCGGUGCUAUGAAGGUCUGCGAGCGCCUUGAUGAUGGCGACCGCGGCGAUGCUCAGGCAGACCCUUCAGAACAAGGGCUCCAAAGCAGACCUCUGCUCAGCAUCAAUGUUCUGUGGAGAGGUCUUGUCAAGGAGAAAUUGCUCAAGGAGCGAGACCGACGAAUGAGGUACGAUCUACACCAGUCUCUGUCACGCCGCCCGACUUACGACGACCCGGACGAAGACGAGGAUGACAAGCUGGCAAUGGGCAAGAAGCCUGAUAGAGAGGUAGUGGACCUUGAUCUGGACCAGGAUGAUGCUGAGCUCGAUGACUUUGAAGCGUUGCCAGUGGCAGAGAAGUUGUCAAGGUUGGUCAGCUAUCUCCGCGAACGCUGGCACUACUGCUUUUGGUGCAAGUAUCAAUAUCCUGACGAGAGCAUGGACGGUUGUCCAGGUCUCACCGAGGAGGAGCAUGGUUGA